AGAUUAGUAUCUUUCUAUGAUUCCUGCAUGGAGGUAUCGGUGAUCCACUGCUACUAGAUACGGAAACCCGUUAAGCGAAAGCUUACUCUAUUCCGUCCAAAAUCGUUUGAACUGUUCUACAGCCCGGUACGUUCAACAUUAGUGGUAACGAUGGGGCGUGUUGGCGUCUCCAUUCCGAAAGAACGGUUCCUACUAUGUUUAAGCUUCAUUUACUUAUUUGCUUUUGCUUCUUUAUACAUUCAGCUUCCUGGGUUAUACAGUGAGAAUGGUGUGACACCUAUCCAAACUCUAUCAUUAAGUGCCCCAAAGGAUGUAUCAGACUUAAUUAAAAAUCUAAACGUCGUACGGCUUGCUGAAUUCUUGCAACUUGACUCUUACAAAUGUCUUGAGCUUGUAACUGUUGUGGGCAUUGUCUUGUCAUUCCUGUCGAGUUUUUCCACAGCCUUCCGGACGGGGCCAGUUUUCCUAGCCCUUUGGGUGCUGUAUCUAAGCGCCCUAAAGGUUGGCCAAACUUUUUUGUGGUUCCAAUGGGACAUCCUACUUUUGGAGUCCGGCUUUAUAGCAAUUCUCUUAUCAAGUUUCGGCGCAGUCAUAUCUCUUCCACGUAUGGUCGCUAGUGAUAAAAUAGGAAUGUGGUUGCUACGUUGGCUCCUAUUUCGGCUAAUGUUCUCAUCUGGUGUAGUUAAACUGACCAGCGACUGUCCUACUUGGUGGGGUUUAAAAGCAUUACAUUGGCACUAUCAGUCCCAGUGUAUUCCAACUCCAGUAGCUUGGUAUGCACAUCACCUCCCAGGAUGGAUUCAUAGCCUGUGUGUCGCAGCUACAUUCAUAAUCGAAAUCUCAUUGCCACUUUUGUUUUUCGUGCCUUUCCGAACUACACGUCUUGUAUCAUUUUAUUCACAGGUACUUCUGCAACUUUCGAUAAUAUUGACGGGGAACUACAAUUUCUUCAAUUUGCUAACCAUUGCUUUAUGUUAUUCCCUAUUGAAAGAUGAUGACUUCAAUCCUCGACGCAGACGAAAGUGGACCGUGUCUGGAUUAUUGUCUUUUGCGGCUUCAUGGUUUCUUAUCAUCUCAGUGUUCGGGAUCAGUGGUUAUCUGCUCAAUUUUUCCAUUUCCAAUUAUUCAGUUAGUACCUCUGUCGGUUUCACCAAAAAGGAGUUCGCUUGGUUCGUAAAUACAUCCGUCAAAUACAGUAUUUCUUUUGGUGUCGCAUUUUUCUGUGUAGAAGUUCUGCAUAGUAUAAUUAUAGCACUAAAUUCACAUCGGUUUUGGCGUAAACUCUAUGAAUUAUUCGGUGUUAUUAUCAUUGGUUUUAUUGGUUUUGCCAUACUUAUGGGUAGUUUGGUGCCAUUUGCAUCACUGGAUUCGACCAUACAAUUACCACCUCAAAUUCGUCAAGUUUAUAAACAUUUACAACCCUAUUACAUUACUAAUAGUUAUGGUCUUUUCCGCCGAAUGACUGGAGUUGGUGGUCGACCUGAACUUAUCUUGGAGGCGGCAUCAAGUCCAGCUGGUCCAUGGUAUGAAUACGAAUUUAAUUUCAAACCUGGUCGUAUAGAUAAAACUCCUCCAGUUGUUAUCCCACACCAGCCUCGUUUGGAUUGGCAAAUGUGGUUUGCUGCGCUCACGAACUAUCGUAAUCAUCCGUGGUUGAUGAAUUUAGUUUAUCGAUUACUGAAUCAACAAACUGAGGUCUUGGAACUGCUCGAUCCAUCUAGUGUGCCGAAUAAUCCAAAAUAUAUUCGAGCUCAUCUGUAUACCUACCAUUUCACUGAUUCUUUUGAUAGCAAAGAUUGGUGGAAACGUACAUUCAAAUCUGAAUACUUGCCACCGGUCACAUUGUCUUCUGAAAUAUUACGUAACGCUGUUGAAGAAAAUGGUUUAGUAGGAAAGCGCCGUCUUCGUCCACACGAUCCAACAAUUGUAUCGACUUUCUUAACUCGUCUACGGAGUUUUAUUGGACAACCGCGUGAUUUAUCUCCAUUGAUUAUGGUAUGCUUAGUGUUGGCAAUAACUAAGUAUGCAUUUAAUCGAGCUGACCAAUCGGCUAGAAUAACUAAUCAAAAUAAAGCUUGAUUUAUUUUCUCGGAUCAGAACUAAUUCAACGGAAUGUAUUGUAAUGUGAUCAUAACAAAUGUAUUUGUUUGUAUUUAGGUUUUGUUUCUGUGUAUGUGUGUACGUAUUCUUUCCAUUCCAUUUUCGGUUCUCCUUCCUAUAUUCCAUAUUUUUAUUUUACUAAUACUCAUGCAUAAAUUCAUUAACUGAAAUAUUCAUUUGAAAUGGACUCAACGUUUUGUUUACCUGUUCUAAAAUUAAAUGAUAUCAUUAACUGUGCAUUCAUGUUUAAUCCUGUACCUUCGUUUCUGUCCAUAUUUAUUCAUCCAUGUAUCCAAUGCUUCUGUAACGUAAAUGUACCUUCAAGUCAUUUUCCAUUACUUAAUUCAAAGUUCUGGUCGUAUUUUUCAAUCUCUUUCUAUCUAAUAUUUAUGUAUCAAUGUAGCUGUACUAAUUAAAAAAAACUUAAGUGGAUCGUAGUAUAUUUGAAAUCUUUUAAAGAAAAUAUUGUUUAUUUUCAUUUCCGUCUGAUAACUCUUGUCUAGUAUUAUUAUCUUACCAAAUGUUAUCACAAUAUUAAGUACCGUUUCUCAGAUUCACUUGAAACAUGAGUUACAAAUAGUCUAUUUGAUUAUCUCCUUUAAGCAGCUUGUUAAAAAUUAACACCCCUCCCAGAGUAAAUUUAUAAGAAAACGAUUAAAUGAUUACGUUCUAGUUC